GACAUUGCGGAUCCAUUCUUUGCCUAUUGCAAGCAACACGCAGACCGCUUUGACAGGAAAUGGAAAAGGAAGAACUAUCUGGCCCUGCAGUCUUACUGCAAAGUGUCUUUGCAGGAAAGGGAGAAGCAGCUCACACCUGAAGCUCAGGCUCGAAUAACCACUCGGCUCCAGCAGUACAGAGCGAAAGCAGAGCUGUCUCGAAACACUCGGCCGCAGGCGUGGGUGCCCCGAGAGAAGCUUCCCCGGCCGCUCACCUCUAGUGCAUCAGCCAUCCGUAAGCUGAUGCGUAAAGCAGAGCUUAUGGGUAUCAGCACAGACAUCUUCCCCGUGGACACAUCUGAUACCAGCGCAAGCGUGGACGGACGGCGUAAACAUAAGCAGCCUGCCCUCACGGCAGACUUCGUUAACUACUACCUAGCAAUGUUCACAGAUUUGUGUACACCUUUGCAUUUGUACGUUAGUCCGUCCGUGCGUGCGUGUGUGUGUGUGUGUAACAGACUAAGCUGCCCAACUUGUCCUUGUCUUAUCUUAUCUCCCGCCUUGCUGCGGUUUUAUCUGCCACAGCUGUGCGAGUCUCUGGAGGACCUGCAGAAUGUCAAUGGCCAGCUGAGGACCGAGGGCCAAGCCAUAUGGAGCAUGAUGGGGGGGAUCCUUGGACAGAAAUUGAACUCUCCUGCAGUUCUGAAAGCUCCCAAAGAGAGAAAGCCAAGCAAGAAGGAGGGAGGAUCACCAGGGAAGUCGUCGAGCCUCCCAGCUAUGCUCUACAGCUGUGGGAUCUGUAAGAAAAACCAAGACCAGCAUCUUUUACUGCUAUGUGACACCUGUAAGCUGCAUUACCACCUGGGCUGCCUGGACCCGCCUCUCACACGCAUGCCGAAGAAGACCAAAAACAGCUACUGGCAGUGCUCUGAGUGCGACCAGGCCAGCAGUGAUGAGGCUGACAUCGCCAUGGAGACGCUACCGGAUGGAACCAAAAGGUCCAGGAGGCAGAUCAAGGGACCAAUCAAAUUCAUCCCUCAAGAAAUGAGCCCAGAGCCCAAGAAGCUUCAAGUGAGAGGGACUAGAACCAGAGGCCAGAAGAGGCAGAGAACAUCCAUCUGCGAGGAGGAGAAUAUCGAGGAACCUUUGCCGCGGGAGCGCAGACAGAGGCAGUCGACUCUGCAGAAAAAGCCCAAAGCCGAUGACACGCGGACCGAGUGCACCACCUGCAAGGGCCCCGGCGACAAUGAAAACCUAGUGAGGUGUGAUGAGUGUCAGCUCUGUUACCACUUUGGCUGUCUGGACCCUCCCCUGAAGAAGUCGCCCAAACAAACCGGCUAUGGAUGGAUCUGUCAGGAAUGUGACACCUCUUCAUCAAAGGAGGAAGAUCCACAAGAGGUUGAGGAGUCUGUGAAAGAGGAAAGCACUGAGCAGGAGAUCCCAGACUGAAAAUCUGUCAACAUUACCUCACAUGAAGUAAUCGUCUUGUCUACACAGUCAGCGCCAUCACCUCAUUUCCUGCUGAAUAGCGGGAUGCAAAAUAACUCACAAAUUAAAUCAACAGACGUGAACUGCCACUGCCUCCUUUGUUAACCAGAAAAAUGAUUAAAUGACCACAAUUGCCAGCUUAAAAAAUUGUCAAUGCUGUGAUCUCUAUAUAUUUUUUCAAAGAAUCUAUGUUCAAGUCCACCGUCAAGAAUGCUGCGGCUGAUCAUGAUCUGCAUAUGAGCUUGUUUCUACCUUAAAUAUACCGUAUGUCCAGUCAAAGUUAUUUUUCAUACACUAACUGACAUUUCCCAUGACUCAUGGAUGAGAACAUGGUAUCCAGAGAUUACUCAAGAGCGUUUCUGAGCGUAUUUUUUAUAUACAGAGACUGCACACUAUUCGUUCCUGUUCCGCCAGCACCCUCUUCAAUUAUCAGCUUUAUAAUACUUGCUUUUGUUUUUAUUUCAUAUUUUUAAACACCAAUGCAUUAUACGCAUAUGAACUUGCAUUGACAGUAAAACUGACAGUGGCUUGUGAUAUAUAAAAAAUGCAUUACUUCCUGAUGUAAGAGCAAAGUCUAUUUUAUUAUUUUUUACAAAUCUGAUUUUUAUAACUACAGUGUAUUCCAGAACAUCCUUUAUCAUUGACAGUGUUGUUGUCUGCGCUCAUGUUUGGGGCUAUUCUCAGUUUUAAACAUUAUUUCAGUGUAAAAAUAGUGGGACAAUUCAUCUGCCUCAAAGCUUGAGUUCAA